AUGCUGUUGGAGUGGAUGAUGAACGGACACGCCAUUCUUUACACGGGGGUCACUUUGGCCUUCUGGAGUACCAUACUAAUCGUCGGUAUAUGCUAUACCAUAUUUGACCUUGGAUUCCGCUUUGAUGUGGCAUGGUUCCUGACUGAGACGUCUCCUUUCAUGUGGGCCAAUCUGGGCAUUGGUUUGGCCAUCUCUCUUUCUGUGGUGGGAGCAGCCUGGGGGAUCUACAUCACUGGGUCAAGCAUCAUUGGUGGAGGUGUCAAGGCGCCAAGAAUCAAAACCAAAAAUUUGGUCAGCAUUAUCUUCUGUGAAGCCGUGGCCAUUUAUGGAAUCAUCAUGGCUAUUGUCAUUAGCAACAUGGCCGAGAGCUUCAGUGGAACAACCCCAGAGACCAUCGGAGCACGAAAUUACCAAGCUGGUUACUCCAUGUUCGGAGCUGGCCUCACUGUGGGCUUUUCCAACCUCUUCUGUGGGAUCUGUGUGGGCAUCGUGGGCAGCGGAGCAGCUUUGGCAGACGCCCAGAACGCCAGCCUCUUUGUCAAGAUCCUUAUUGUGGAAAUCUUUGGCAGCGCGAUUGGCCUGUUUGGGGUCAUUGUAGCGAUCCUGCAGACCUCUAAAGUAAAGAUGGGUGAUUAGAAGAUGCUCUCGCAUGCUGAGAAGACGAGGAUACUGCUGGAUAAAUAAGAUGGAUUAUUGUGUACAUACAUCGUAAAUUAUUUAAAUGUCUAUAUUUGCUCCGUCUUGUUUUUAACCAUCAUUCGUGUAAAGAGUGGGUUGAUCCCCGGGUAGCAUGAACGUUGACUAAGAAACUGGAAAAAAAAAGGAGAAAUGCUGAUUUUUCUUGUGCAUUUCUUCCUUCUUGAUAAUGGUAACAAUUCAGCUUCAUGAGUCAUGGAAGUAAUCUGCAGCUUUCAGCGAUGAGGAUUCGCUUUCUUCUAGGUCUUUCAGGCCAUUCUUAUGGGAAGAUGGUUAAAAAUGACUGGAGUAUUUUGAAAAUACUGUGUGUGUGGGCGUGUGUAUGCUGGAUAUGUGAUUUUCUUUUUUUCUUUUUUUAAAUCUUUUUUUUCUUCCUUCCUGUGAAGCAUGAGGUUGGUUGUCAUUGUGUUUGUGGCCUGGUCUGUCACUUUCUUGUUUUUUGUGUCCGGUCUUUGUAAAUUAGGAGUUGGGCCAUUCUACAGCCGGCUCACAUACAGUGUUUUUUUUUUUUUCUUUCCUGGCUCUUAAUAGAUAUAGAACAUUUAUCAAGUUUAAAUUGAGUAUUGUUCUGAAGUUGUAACUGUGCAACAUACAAAACAUCAGCAAAUCUCAACAUAUAUAUAUAUAUAUACUUUUUUUUUUUUUCCUUCCCCAGUUCUUGCUGUUGUUACUUGACAAAGACGUCCAUCUAACAAUUACAAGCCAACUGAAUACACUAUGGUCAGGGCUCCAUGGUCGUCUCAAUAAAAGUUGAAACAAAUAAAACCAAUCUUUUAAGAGACACUUUGUUCAAAAUGUGUCAUUUAAUGAUUGGAUACAUUUUUAAUAAAAUGUUUAGCUUCUGCCAUAGCGUCACCAUCUUUCAGGUGGGAGGAGGAAAAGCCUUACAUCCUCUAAACAAUUGGUUUGUUACCCGGGUUAUAUGUAUCUGUCCUGGUUUUAAAUGGUAAUAUUUGACUACUCUGUUGCAACCAGUCGAAUCUGCAUAAACCGCUCAUUGUUUACCAAGCUACCACUAACAUUCCUCCAGACGUGUGGGACUGAUGUACGUGUGUGUUUUAGAAAAUUAAAUAAAUACCAUGUGAGCUCCUGGAUACAUUACAGCGUAGGCUUUAUUAUUGCUUUGACGUCUGAAUUUCUGUUUAUAAAUCCUGUUUGCAGUAUUUCAGAGACUUUUAAUUGACCCUGGCGUGCAGUUGUCUGACAAAAGAAAACAAUCUUUAACGCGAGGCACCGUUUCACAGAGAUGACAGAUCAGUUCAUUUCUCACUGUAAAUCUUUUUCCCCACUCCUGUUAUGAGCGUAAGCAUUGAAUCGUACAUAAGGUGCAUUGUAUUUAAGAAAACAAAAAGUCGGCACCCUUGAAAGAAAAUUCCUGAUUGAACGAUGGACUGCACCAAAUCCUGGUUUGUUCUUAAAUGGUACUGUGUGUACACUGUGUUGAUGUGAUGGUGAUCAGAAAAUAGCUCAUUGUUUUUGACUUUGUGGAUGAUGCAGAAAUAAAUCAAGAUUUCCCUUCCCGGCUUCAUAAAUGUUGUUGGAAAACAAUAAACGCUCUGAUCAACC